UGUGGAAAAGUCAAAAAGUGGCAAAUUGCAAAUUGUCACAAAUUGUAAAGCCAUAACUUAACCUGAUACUAUUUCUUGUUAAUUUUGCGUUAAAUUAGUGAUCUGUGUGGAAACCUUGCGGUAAAAUAGUUAAUCAAAUAAAUAUUUUACACGCGAAUCCUACAUUGCUAAGAAUUUGUCAUGGAUAACAAGUCUGAGGAGCAGUCCGCUGCGGAACAAUCGAUAUUUAUUGCAAUAGCACAAGAAGAUUUGGACGAGUUUAAGAAUUUUUUAGCUCAUCACAAGGGUAGUGUAGAUUUGUUUGACGAAAAUGGCAUGACAGUACUACAGCAUGCCGCUUAUAAGGGCAACAAGGACAUGGUUCAAAUGCUACUUGAUAGGGGUGCGGACGUGAAUUCCGGAAAACAUGAAUACAAUUACACCGCUCUACACUUUGGGGCACUGUCAGGCAAUUCGGAUGUGUGUAAAUUGUUGUUAAACGCUGGAGCGAAACCCACUGCGACGAACUCUGUAGGAAGAACCGCGUCUCAGAUGGCUGCAUUUGUGGGGAACCACCACACAGUGGCGACAAUUAAUAAUUUUGUACCUUUGUCAGAGAUUUCUUACUAUUCUAUCCCAACAGGUCAGCAGACAGAACCCUACCUCCCACCAGUAUUGGUGGAACCGUUGCACAAAUUUGUCCUAGGUGUCAAUAUUCAUCCUGUCCGGUUAGCUCUCAAUUUACAAACCUCCCCCAUUCUCCUAGACAAUGCUGACAAAGCAAGUAAAGUGCUUGAAAUGUUAAGUAAAAAAGAGAUGACAAGAGGCAGUGACACAAAUGAAGUGAUGGCAUUCAAAUACCAUUACCUAUCUUAUAUUCUCAAUGAAAUAUAUAACAUUAGAGAUAAGCAAAAACCAAACACAGACACUAAAGAGGAAAAGAAACAUGAUCCAAUUGAAAUAUUCUCAAAGAAGCUACUUAAGCCUGGCAAAGAUGGAGUAUCUAUGGAUCUGAUGGAUGCGUUCCUUAAGGACUGUGUGAGAGAGUUCCCCUACAGAGAAUGUACAACAUUCCAUCAGAUGGUCACUUCAUUGACCAGUAAGGAUCCCCCUCCCGCGUUAACUGUGAUUAACUGUACUAUAAACGGUCAGCGUGGAUUUAUUGAUGCGAUACCAUACUGUAGCACUUGUGGUGAAGAGAAGCCAGCUAAGAAAUGUUCUAAAUGCAAAACUGUGCAAUACUGCGACAGAGAGUGUCAACGUCUCCAUUGGUUUGUGCACAAGAAGGCUUGCAACAGGGAAAUUACGCCUGUAACUACAACUAAACCUGUCAUAGAUGCAUCAGAAUUAACCUCCCAGUUGCAAAACCUGGUUGCUGGAUAGACCAGUCUUAGCAUGUAUAAGUUAAAAAGAUUUUGUAUGCUUCUUAAACUGUCCUAAGUAAAAAAGUUAUUUAUUAACCAUCUGCUAUAAUUUAAAAUAGACAAUAUAUGUGUAUAUUGGAAAUUGCAUAAUGUCAGUCAUAUUUCAAUUGUUUUUUAAAUGCCAUUAAAAUGUUAAUAUUUCAUCAGAUUUUACUGUCAUUUAUUUAAUAUCUUUUGUGUACUCAAGUUUAGUGAAAAUCUAUCUUUAAAAUACCGUCUAUUAUAAAAAUUUGGUUGAUCCAUGUGAAAGUUUUAGUUAAAAAUCUCUAGGUAGAAGAUUUGAUGUAAUAGCGUUUAUAUUUCUGUGUGCUUUUUAAAAUGCAGUUUGUGCCAUUAUAAAAGCACUAUGUCAAUCGUGUUUGUGGUACAAAUGAUUGUUUUAAUUUUAAAAUUAUGCUUAUAUAAGUGUUGCAAUGUAGUACACAUAAUUUUCUCAUAACAGCGGUUUUUUAUUUUAAUGUAAUAGUAAUUCCUAAUAAAAAGUGUUAACUGUACUGGUUUAAUCUUUUAUAGAUCUUGUGAAUUCAAUAAAUAUUACAUCUUU